UUACAAAUUUCGUUUCCAACUUCAACUCUCGAUUUCAUUGCAAACCCUAGUCCCAGACUCGCAAUUCACUCCCUCCCCACCAUUCCUAAUUUCUACAAAAAUCACAGAACCCUUAACGAUGCCAUUCAUAUUGGAUGCUGCGAGUGCCAUAAAAAGUCGAUUCGGGUUCCAAGACCAGUUUUUGGAGUCGAUGCCGUCGGUUCGAAGCUCUCCUGACCUCUUGAAAUCGGCGUCCCAUGAUAAUCUCUACCAGUCCUCGGCGGUUAGGGUUUUCGACAAGAGAGAUGAUCUGGGCGCUGGACCGGUGACCAAAGCUUUGAUUUGAGUGAAGAUUCUUCUUUCUAGAAAGAUCACAAUGUUUAGAGACGAGACGACCACUGCUGCUCUCUCCUCUCUUUCACCGACGCUCCUCCCUCACCGUUGCUGUGCUCCCUCAUCGCCGAUCCUCCCACUCUCUCUCACACAUCCGACGGCGAUAGCUCAUCCUCUCUUUCUCAGCGGCAUCGCGGCGGCAACUCCUCUCUCUCUCACGGUUAUAAUAAAAGUACGUCCUCUGAGUAGUUCUGAGAUAUCACUACAGGGAUAUAGUAGAUGUGUUAGACAAGAUAGCUGCCAGACAAUUACUUGGACUGGGCAUCCAGAAUCACGUUUUACCUUUGAUGUUGUUGCCGAUGAGAAUGUUAGCCAGACUGGAAGUGGAAAGACACAAUGCUUGGGGACAUUGAAGGGGGCACCCAAAGACGUAGUGUCAAUUGUGGGAUGACACCAAGAGUCUUUGAAUACUUAUUUUCAAGAAUUCAAAAG